AUGAAUUUGGCUCUCUUUCCGCCGGCGCUUUCUUCAUCGGCGAGACUCUUUUGGUUCCUGUUACUUCUCGGUUGUGCUUCUUCUCCGGUGACAGAAUUGACGGGAUUUGCAGAGUUCUCGAGGACGGAUCUCUCGCCUCUCUUCUUCAACUUACCGGAGCAGUACGCUGAGCCCUUCUCACUCAGAGUGAGCAUCUUUACGGCGAUGCCGAAACCUCCACCAAAACCUCCGGAUCUACAGAUUUGCCUUCGACCCUUGGUUCUUUACCCUUCACACUCAUCUCAGCUGUCAUCCUUCUUUAUCUCCGUCACUCUCCCAGAUCUAUCGUUCCUAUCCACCAUCUCCUUAAGCUUUGGCCAAUGGAAGCUUCUCGUCCUACUCCUCGCCGGUGAAGGGACAUCGGGAUCUUGGAUUCCCGGUUGCGUAAAUUUGGACAUCUUGGUCCGGCGUUGUAAAAUUUUGGGAUUGAAGCAUGGUUUCUUCGGAGGGAGCUCUCUCUCGAAGCUAUUUCUUUCAGUCCGCCAUCGUUUGGCUCCACUGCGUGAUUCAAUUUCAGUUCCGCCGGCUUCAUUUCCGGCGACUUAUCAGAAGUUUAAGCUUAUUCCCUUGGCGUACCCUCGCAGCUCCGUCCAUGUGACGUGUUUUGUCUUUGGUGCUUCGUCGAGACUUUGCCAUCGUUUGGCUCCACCGCGUGCUCCACUUUCAGUCCCGCCGGUAUCAUCUCCGGCGACUUAUCAGAAGUCUAAGCUUCCUUCCUUGGCGUACCCUCCGAGCAGUUCCGUCCGGGAGACGUGUAUUGUCUCAUGUUCUGGUGCUUCGUCGAGAAUUUUCAUCACCACACCAGCUCCAUCAUUGGAUACAUCUUUAGGCGUGUGGCUUUGUGAACCUUCCUCUGUCGUAACAGAGAGAACUUCCUCCCUAUGGGAGAGAUCACGUAUUCCAUUUUCCUCCUUAGAGGAGAGAAUCUUACCUCCAUCGAGCUCUCUAUCAAGUAUGGAGUUGCUUCCCUCGAGUUCAUUCCGAGGUAUGUUAUCCAAUUUCUUCACCGACUUGUUUUCCUAUGUAGCUCCUUCUACGGAGUCAGAAGAAGCAACCGUUUUCGUCUCGACGAUUUUCGGAGGUGAAACUUGGUUUUCAACGUCAUCUUUAAAAAUAACUAAAUUUACGAACUUCGCAUUGCCAUGUUUGUUCCACCGACGCAUCUGA